AUGACAACGCGCACUAUGUCGCACCGCAGAUGUAGGCGAAGCGUAGCUGGAGUUGUAGCUCAUCUAUUGCAUUUAGGGGCCAUUGCGGCGACUAGGUCAGGCAUUCCCAGGAUGUGGUGGUCUCGUUGCUUUGCAAGUCGGACACUGCAGGGGUACGCUCAGAAAGACUGUCCUCAGCGAGUUGUGGAAGUGCAUUCCAGAGCGAACCGGAUCUACAGCGUUGGAAUCAACGCGUGCGAGACGAGCGAGCAGUGGCCGCCGUCUCUGUCUCUGCUGCGCAAGAUUUGGCAGGCGAAGCUGGAACCCGGCGUCAUCGGUUACAGCGCUAAACUCAGCGCGUGCGAGAAGUGCGGGCAGUGGCAGCAAAGUCCGGCGCUGCUGAGCGAUGUGCGGGAGGCGACGCUGGAGCCCAGUGUCACAAGCUACAGUGCGUGGAUCAGCGCGUGGGAGACGGGCGAGCAGGGGCAGCAGGCUCUGGCGCUGCUGAGUGAAUGUGAGAGGUGGUGCUGGAGCCCGACGUCACCAGCUAGCUACAGAGGCGCUGGGAUCAGCUCUGGGACUCGGGAAUUGUCGGCACCCGCUGCGCCACGUUGCGUUGAUGACGGCGGGCAUGCCGCGGAUGUGGUUUCCCUGAGUCGCUUCCGCGCGUGA